AAAAUCAUUUUUUUGAAAUUCCACAACAACAACACUAUUUCUCAACAUCAAGAGAAGCAAUAAAGUGAGAAAGAAAACCUCCCCCACCAAAAGAAAAUCAGAAAGAAAACAAUGAAGCUCCCUUUUCUCUCCAACCAAACAGAUUCAAGAUCUUCCAGUUCAACUACUUCCACAUGGCCUUGGCCUUCAUGUACCCAAACCAGAACUCUCUCCUUCCGAACCACAAACGACAUCUUCAAAACCGUCAACUCAGCCUUCUUAGAAACCCCUCCUCAUGAAACGACGCCCGUCAAUGAGGAUUCCACCAACACCUCCUCCGAAACGACCGAUGAUCGAAUCCGAAGCUGCGAAAGCUUUUCGACAGCGUCGGAGGACCAAUCUGGGGGCGACCCGGUUGAGGAAGUGAUUAAAGGAUUGAUAAGGUCCGAAAGACUUUUCUUCAAGCCCGAGGAAACAAGCUCCAUCCUUGAAGAAGCCAAACCAGUGGUCGUUGAAAAGAGUAUUGUGCCGUUUAAGGAGAGCGUGGCGUUAUCGAUGGAAUCGAAAAACCCUUACUUGGAUUUCAAGAAAUCGAUGGAGGAAAUGGUGGAGGCUUUAGGGAUAAAGGAAUGGGAAGGGCUUGAGGAGCUUCUUUGUUGGUAUUUGAAGAUGAAUGGGAAGGACAAUCAUGGUUAUAUUGUUGGAGCAUUUGUGGAUUUGUUGGUAGGUCUUGCUUUUAAUAAUUCGAAGUCGUCACCUAAUUGUAGUUGUAAUGUUAUUACUAGUAGUAAUUCUAAUUUAUGUGAUUCUCCUUAUUCUCCUUUAUCAUUUUGUAAUACUUCUUCUUCUUCUUCUUCUUCUUCUUCUUCUUCUUCGUGUUCUUCUAGUACUACUACUCCUUGUGUGUCGUCUAUAGGAGUUGGAGAAGAGAUUGAAACUCCUUGUUUGUCUUCUUUGUUUGAAAGUACAGAAGAAGAGGAAGAAGAUGAUGAUGAUGAGGCUUCAUCUUAGUUUAAUUUAUUAACAUAAUAUUUUAAUUAGAUAUGUGUUUUUUUUAAUGAUUAUUGUAUGGAAAAGUUAACAGCUGAAAUCAUGGCCAAACUUUCAGUUAUAGCUCCCAGAAAUAAUGGCUAAAACUUUUUGUUUGUGAC